UGUUUAGCAAUCAGUCUGUGUCGGAGCGUGUUAUCAAGCACAGCUCCAGCAUCAUUACCAGAUUGAUUGACCUCUGUCCACUUCAAAAACAGCGUGGUCUACAGUUUCCAAGAAAUGGUGCGUGGCAAACUAUUCGGCUACAUUUCUCUUCUGCUACUGGGUCAUCUGAUAUCGUUAUGUGAUGGACAGACAGCCAAGAGGAUAUCUGUGCAGAAGUGUGAUGAAUAUCGUAGAAUAAUUUCAAACAAGCGAGGUGUCAUAUCACUUACGCUGAAUCCGAAACCGUUUUACUACCAAUCGUACAACUGCUCGAACGUGGUGGAUCUUAUUGUCGGCGGUGAAGCAGCUAAACAUGGCGAAUUUCCCCACCAGGCACUGUUGGGUUACCCGCGUGAAGAUGGCUCACCUGAACCGUACAGCUUCAGCUGUGGUGGGUCGCUGAUUUCGGAUCGCUUCAUCCUGACCGCUGCGCACUGCUUUAGCUACGGCGAUCCGGUGAUCGUGCGGUUGGGCGAGUACGAUCUAACCGUCGACUCGACGACACAGCUCGAUUUCGGUAUUGCCGAGAUUAUCCGCCAUCCAAAGUAUCGUAAUUCCCGCUCCUACCACGAUCUAGCCUUGGUGCGGCUGAAUGAGACGGUAUUGUUUUCGAAGGUUAUACGUCCUGCCUGCCUGUGGACCAAUCCGACACUGAACGUGAGCCGGUUUGUAGCGACGGGCUUUGGCAAACAGGAAGAAGGAAGCACGGAUCUGUCGACCAAGCUGAUGAAAGUGCAGCUAGAUCUAUUUCCGUCCAGUGAUUGUGGCGAGCUGUUCCGCGAUAAUCGCAAGUUUCGCGAUGGAAUCGACGAGGGGCAACUGUGUGUGGGCAGUUUGAUCGGGGGUAAGGAUACGUGUCAGGGCGAUUCGGGUGGACCCCUGCAGACGAUCACGGAACCGAGAAGCUGCAUAUACAAUAUUGUCGGCGUAACGUCUACCGGGGCUGCGUGUGGCGUUGGAAAUUCGAAGGCGAUCUAUUCAAAGGUGGCACACUAUCUGGACUGGAUCGAGCAAGUUGUGUGGGGUGUUUAAUAGUAUUUGAUAUACAUGUUGGUGUUGCUUUGAUUUUAAUUGCUUUGGCUCAACUUAUCAAAUAUUUCCAAGGAAUACGUAUCGAGUUUGUUUGAAGACUAAUCACACCAACAAUGUUAUUGAUCGUUGUAUGGUAUGGACUAGCUGAAUAAAAACAUUAUAACGAUAGUUAUUGAACAUUUA